AUGGAGCUUGACACCAAGACUCCUCCGUAUUUAACGAGCGAUAAAUCGUCCUUCGCAUACGUGUCUGCUCGGGAUCGAUGGCCCGUUAUCAUUACCCAAGCAAUUGACGACUUAUAUCGGUCCGUGUCUGAGUGCGAUAGCCGUGAAAAGCAGGAUGAUGGGAAGAAGAUAAUAGAAGAACUGGCGCGGCUUAAAUAUGAAGUCCAACACGACCGAAAGCUUACACCAAUAAAAGAUGACGGAGGCGUCGAUGUAGCCAUUUACAACAGUGAAUUGGAACAGUUGGGAACUCCCAGCUGGUUCAACAUUCCCUGGCUGUAUUGUGAAUGCUAUCUUUACAGGCGCCUUCAUACUUCCUUCAGCCUUUCUACGCACUGGAAGAACUAUGAUGUCUUCUCGCGGCAGAAGAUCAAGACUUUCCGAUCGUCUCGGCCAGCAGUCCUCGAGCUUGCUGCUCGAUAUAGAGAUCUGGUUACCCAGAUGGGGCAUGAUAAGGGCAAGGCGGACAUAGACCACGACGAAGCCCAGAAGAUCUUGUUCCUCGAAAUGUGUGAGAUAUGCUUGUGGGGGAACGCUACUGACUUAUCCCUCCUAACAAGUCUCACCUACGAGGACAUCCAGAAAUUACAAGGAUCCGAAGCCAGGAAGGCUUCAGAGAAAAAUAUCUUGGUAAAUGACUUGGAAGCUGUGUAUGACGUGCUGAGAAAGGCCAAGCACGCUGGAAAGAAGGAGCGUCGCGUGGAUAUCGUGCUCGAUAAUGCCGGGUUUGAGUUAUAUGUCGAUCUCAUCCUUGCCGGUUAUUUAUUAUCGUCUGGUCUCGCCACGGUCGUAGUUCUCCAUCCCAAAUCCAUCCCUUGGUUCGUAUCCGACGUCCUUCCAGCAGACUUCGCAGCUCUUCUGAGUGCGCUAGCUGAUCCGAAGCGAUUUUACGAAACACCAUCCGACGAUGAUAAACUGCAGGACAAAACUCCAUCACCAUUAUCUGACAAAGACGUUGUGGACAUGAGUUUUCUCUUCCAAGAGUGGGCACAUAUGCACGCCGAGGGCCAACUUAUUAUGAGAUCCAACCGUUUCUGGACGCAUCCAGGCAGCUAUUGGAGAUUGCCGUCCGUGGAACCAGAUUUGUAUGAAGACUUAAAGACUAGCGAGGUGGUCAUUUUUAAAGGCGACUUGAACUACCGGAAGCUAACCGGCGAUGCCGCAUGGGAUCCUUCGACGCCAUUUACAGAAGCCAUUGGGCCUCUUGGCCCAAAUUCUGGUGUCAAUGUCCUCGCUCUUCGAACGUGCAAAGCGGAUGUAGUUGUCGGGCUUAAGUUGGGACAGGACGAAGAGAUCCGGGCUACAGAGGGCGGCGGAGGAGAUAGUGGUGCUCGGAAGUGGGCGUGGAGUGGCAAGUGGGCUGUUGUGUCCUUUUCACAGGGCAAAUAGGCACAAUAUAUGUAUGUGAAGAUUUGGCACUUCGAAUGUAUGCGAACAUAAUCAGCAGAGUAUGUCUCUACUGGCACACUAGUGGCCAAACCAACUGUGAUGGAUACCGAAAAUGAUAUUUCAAUACUGAUGCCUGCAUACCAAUACCGACCCUCUGCUGUCUAGCCCCAACUAGCCACCAGUCCCGGGCCUAUGCCACGGGUAUCUAUUUUGGAACCCAACGCCAUCAUACAUAAUUAUUCUGGCAUUGCUGACUGAUAUUACUGGAGCCGUCUGUGGACGCCAGCCCAUUCACACCUAGAAUCUGAGCUUCAUCAUCGCGAUGGUACCCUUGCGGAUCGCAAACCAGCCGGCCUCCAUCACGAUCCAUACGACCUCGCCGGCGAUCUAAUCCUUGACUU